GAGGGAAAGAGAGAGAGAGAGAGAGGGGGAAAGAGAGAGAGAGAGAGAGAGAGAGAGAGAGAGAGAGAGAGAGAGAGAGAGGGGGAAAGAGAGAGAGAGAGAGAUGGCUGAUGAAGGAGCGACAGAAGAACUGGGACUGACUUCUUGCACUCACGUUCCACAACAUUAAAUGUAGCUAUUAAUGGAUAAAAAAGCAAGAGACGUUUUUUUUUUUUUUUUUAAAGAUAAAUCAAGCUGUUAUUGUACAUUGCGGUGGUAUAACAGAAAUAAAACACUUCAUGUUAUAGGUAAUUGUUGACUUCUUCAAGCGGACACGUUCUGAUACGUUCUGAUACGUUCUUGUAUCUGUAGACGCAACCCAUGUACGUGUACAGUAUGGUGGAUGAACUACAGAAUCUAAAGCUCGAAAUAAAUACCCGUUGUUAUCUUCCAAACGUCAUCACCUGUCGAAUUCAUCCCGUAUUGUACUGUAAUGUAAAGACCUGCUUCCUGCCAUUCAGUUUCUCUCUACUACUCAACUAAUCUAAUGUGAAGCAACUGCAGAACUCCAAACCAGUCAGAGCGAGACUCUGUGAUGUCAACGACCUCUACAUAAAGCCUCUCUCAUUGAAAGGACAUUAUAUACUGCCAUGGAAACCGAGGGAUAAGCUCAAGACUGCCGGGACAACCUGAACUCGCCCGUGAUGAGGAAUCGUCUCUGUAUUUCAUGCAGCAGAUGCGUCGGAACCGUUUUUUCUUCAUUAGAAGCAUUAGAUGACAACUCUUUUUUUUUCUUCUUUUUUUUUUUGUUAAUGUUUGAAAGGAUCCUAAACGUAGACGAUUACAGUCUGGUCCCUAAAAAAAACAAAACAACAAAAAACAAAGAAGAAGAAGAAGAAGAAGAAGAAAAAAAGAAAUCCUAGCAUGAGAAGUAAAAUAAUUUUAUAAACGAUGCCUGAAUAUUAAAACUAAGAGUUCAGACGUAGUUCGUCGUAAAGAGAAGAAAAAAACAAACAAAGGAUAUACUGCACAGGUUCCUCACAUUCAUACACAUUCAUAGGGGGAUACUAACUUUUCAACAGGUCCCAUGAUUAAUAUUUUGACCUACACGAUUUGACUAUUUUAUAGUCGUGAUUCUAAAAGUGUUGCUAAAAUGAAUUGUCCGAAAUGUUUUUUCCUGCGGGUGUGCAAACUUUUGCACCCGACCUCACCGUACCGACGCCAUCCUGACGCCUAUAUCUUUUUCAGACCCUGCAGACCCGUCGGUUCGAUCCACGACUGAAAAUAUAAAACAGGUUAAGAAUAGAAACACACGAAGCGCUGACACUGGAGACUCCUUCCAUAAAUGUUGAAUAAACAUCUCCUCACACACCGAAGCUUCACCGCAUCCAUCAUCGGACGUUUUUUUUUUUUCCUGCGUUAAAUAAGAACACGUUUAUUUAAUUAGGCGUAGAUUACACGGAGCGUCCGCGUAUUCAUCGGUUUGAGAUAUUUUCUUCGUCGUUUAGCCGGUUAGCGGUUCGCUCAUGUGUAAAGGGAACCUAAACGAUCGACAUAUUCUUCCCUGCUCGUGUUUUUGUCUUAAUCUAAAGCUCCAGCACAACCUUUUCACAGAGCGUUUCCAGCCAGAAAGACCGUCCUUUUGAUUUACACUAACUGCAUGCCGUAUUCCAGAUCUACACGGGUUAUUACAAUCCAAUUUGUCCUGUUCUAACACGACCAGCACUUCACUCACUGUGACGGAGUCAGACCACGUAUCGAGCUGACAAAGACGGAGGACACGGGCUGCAUGGAUAAUGCCACACGUCCUUGGGUUCAUCUCUUCUUUUCGCUGGGAUGAAACGAGAACUGUUGUGCGAGAGCGGAGAGCUCGUUGAGGCGCAGCGAGGAGGAGAAGGACAGAUGGGGGAUCGCCGAUGUGCAGAUCUCGUUAAAAAAAAACUGUUUCUCAGGGCAAAAAAAAAAAAAAAACCCCAAAAACGAAAAAAUACGAGGACAUGUGCAAGAUCCUGAACCGAUCGGAAGGUGAUGAAAAUUCUCUCUGCAUUCAAAUCUCCAUCAUUCAUUUGUUUAUAUAAAUAUAUAAAUAUAUCUGUGUAUAACCUAAUGCAGUUUAUUCUUGUUGCACAUUCUCUGAUUGGCUGCUGGAGUUAGAGGAGGAGUCAGUGAUCACAGUGCAGAACAGGGGCUAAGAGGGAAAGUGCCAAUCUGCCAAAGGAACGCUCCCGAGAGCAGGUGCCUACCUCGGAUUCCUGCAUCUUCUUCUUUUAUUCCUCCGGUCUCUUCUUCUCAAGCUCAGUCUCAGCACUGUCCUUUUAAGGCUCUCGGCUUUUUUUCUUUAUCUGCUCUUCCUCAUCCUUCGAACGCUGCUCGAGGAUGACAGUGUGUGAGGGUUAAAUAGUAGCUGCUGGAAAGCUCGCUGAUGCUCGAGGAUGACACGGGGACCUCCGUGCACUGGGAAAACGCAUCUCUUUGGGACUCUGUAGCUCAGAUGGAGAUGGAGGACACGGAAGAGACUCGCAGAUUAGAAUAAACGCAGAUGAAGACGGAAAGCGGAGGACUGUGGUGAGGAGGUCUUGCGGAUAUGAACGUGUCGGAGCACCACGGGAUGCAGCAUGCACACCGGAACCACAGCCUGGGCGUGCAGAUUGGAAACAAAGCCGGCUCGGGGGAAAGGAACUCGGAGUCGGGCUGCUACGAGCAGCUGUUGAUCUCCACCGAGGUCUUCAUCACGCUAGGGUUGGUCAGCCUUCUGGAGAACAUCCUGGUAAUCGCGGCCAUCGUCAAGAACAAGAACUUCCACUCGCCCAUGUACUUCUUCAUCUGCAGCCUGGCGGUGGCCGACCUGCUGGUGAGCGUAUCGAACGCGACAGAAACGGCUGUGAUGGCGCUGAUCACCAGCGGCAACCUGACCAUCUCUGGAGACGUCGUGAAAAGCAUGGACAAUGUGUUCGACUCCAUGAUCUGCAGCUCACUCCUGGCCUCCAUUUGGAGUCUCCUGGCCAUCGCCGUGGACCGCUACGUCACCAUCUUCUACGCCCUGCGCUACCACAACAUCAUGACCCAACGCCGCGCGGCGCUCAUCAUCGUAUGCAUAUGGAGCUUCUGCACGGCGUCCGGUGUGCUCUUCAUCAUCUACUCGGAGAGCGCUACAGUCCUCAUCUGCCUUAUCAGCAUGUUCUUCACCAUGCUGGCCCUCAUGGCCUCGCUUUACGUGCACAUGUUCCUCUUGGCGCGGCUUCACAUGAAACGCAUCGCCGCCUUACCGGGGAACGGCCCCGUGUGGCAGGCGGCCAACAUGAAGGGCGCCGUGACGCUCACCAUCCUGCUCGGAGUGUUUGUCGUGUGCUGGGCGCCGUUUUUUCUCCACCUCAUUCUCAUGAUCUCUUGUCCGAGGAACCCGUAUUGCGUCUGCUUCAUGUCUCACUUCAACAUGUACCUGAUUCUGAUCAUGUGCAACUCGGUGAUCGACCCGCUCAUCUACGCGUUCAGGAGUCAGGAGAUGAGGAAGACCUUCCGGGAGAUCUGCUGCGGCUGGGCUUCGGGAUGGAGCUGCGGCUGGAGUUGCGUCGGCUUCGACGAGAGGCUUAACAGCUAUUGAACCGGACGUUUUGUUUUUGACCUCGAACGCACUGACGAUUCGCUCCUCGUCCCGGACCGUUCGCUGGCUGAAAUCGCGAACCACGUCGGACGAUUGCUUUUCUUCACCAACAAAAAACCAAGACCUUCAAAAUAACCCGACUCAAAACCUCCAGAAACACUCGUCUUGUGAAACAACCUUGAAUUUCGUCUUUUGCUACACGACUGUGAAAUCAUUUCUGCCUUUCCAUCAUCAUCAUCAUCACCACCAACAGGCGGGUUACCUACGCUCGAAAAUCAGUUCUGGACAAACUCCUGCAUGACCGAGAAGAAAAAUCAAUGCAGUCUUGCGGGGAAAUAUCUGGAAUGGUCGUGAUCAGUAAUUAUCCUGUCGAUUGAGGUAAUUGCAGACUUCAUAUCAGACUCCUUCUCAGUGCGUGGAUAAUACCCCGAGUCCCCUCGUCUCUCCGCUGGUCCAUUCUGUUCUCGUAUCUGUUCGUGUAAUAUAAUGUGAUGUGAAAUGGCUGUGACUCUCUCGACCUUAUGUUCUGUUAUUAAUCCGACCGUAAUGAGUAAUUAAGAGUAUAAUUACAUUUCUUUCAUCGAUAUGUGUCACAAAUGAUAAAUAUAUCGGGAGAAAUAUCGAGAUUUCCUCUUGACUGGACGUCUAGAGUUUCAUUCAUAGAUUCAUUUAUUCAAUGAAUUACGUACACGUCGAGCUCACGCUUCUGCUUGAAGGCCAGACUGUAAUAUCGUGUAUCAUGUAAGACAUAAUAAGUAAUAAAGGCUCAUAAAAAUAUAAGAAAUAAUCCAUCAUGUUCAUGUUACGUCAUGUUAGACGUUCGUCCUCCGGACGUCUCUACUUUGUGUUCUCACAGCAAGUUUUUUUUUUUUUUUUUUAAAGAGUAUUAUUACUUCUUGAGGAUCUUAUCUCCAGACAGACGACGGUCAGACCGCAGGGUGUAAUGAACGCUAGAGCUUUUAUUCAGGCAAGCUAAGUGGUGUUCCGUUAC